AUGUCACGUCCGAUUUUAAAUAAUAAAUUGAUUAUCGAAGUCAUAUACCAUAAGGAAGUUUUAUUAAUAAAAAUAAAACAUCAUUAUCAAAUCACAACGUCGUCGAAACGUUCAGCUUCGAAAGCGUUUCAUUACAAAGAUCAGUCAUCAUCAAUGAAAAAACAACGAUAUCACCCUCGAACUUCGGAUCAUUCAAUUGCAAAUUUGAAUAAACAGAUUACUUUUCACUACUGUUCAGAUAUUUUUUCUCCCUAUUUUUCCUUUUAUAUGAGAGUAAAUCCCACCAAUGAGAAUGUUAUCAUAUGCGAAUCAACCGUUUUACCUCCAACCUCUACGAAGCAUCAAGAAAUAAUUGAUAAUCAACAAGCUGAAGACGAGUAUUACUAUAGUGAAAUGGCUGCAUUUAAUCGUCAAAAUGGCAAUACAAGUGAAACGCGAUCUAUUGGCGGUGUAAGUUUAACCGACGAUGAAUCAAAUCUCUCGGAUAAAAUACGAACGAACUUAAUAAUCAACUAUUUACCGCAAACGAUGACCCAAGAUGAAAUUAAGGAUCUAUUCGGUUCGAUUGGCGCAAUUGAAUCUUGUAAACUCGUUCGAGAUAAAACAACAGGUCAAAGUCUCGGCUAUGGUUUCGUUAAUUUCAUUCGAACAGAAGAUGCUGACAAAGCUGUUAAAACGAUGAACGGUCUUCGCUUACAAAACAAAACAAUAAAAAUAUCAUUUGCACGUCCAUCGUCGGAAACAAUAAAAUUUGCGAAUCUGUAUAUUUGUGGUAUUCCAAAACAGUGGACGACGAAAGAACUUGAAAACUACUUUUCAUCGUGUGGAAAGAUUAUCACAAGUCGAAUUUUGACAGAUGCGAAUACAGGUUCUGAUGAGAUAGACGAACAAGCUGUACUGCUCGAUGAAUAUCAUUUUUGGUUUUAUAUGUUUGAUUUUAUUUGUCGUUUUCUUUCAGGUGCAUCGAAAAGUGUCGGCUUCAUCCGUUUUGACCAGCGAUCAGAAGCUGAAAUUGCUAUUAGCAAACUUAAUGGUACUAUUCCAAAAGGUUUCACCGAUCCAAUCAAUGUCAAAUUUGCAAAUACACCAAACGCUGCCAAAUCGAUGAUUGGUUUACCGUUAGCACCGUCUUAUUUACCGGGUAUUCCAACACCACAACAACCCGUUUUGACAACUGUUCCACCUAUUCGUCAACAAUUGAAUAGGUACAGAGAAACACAUGAACGAUCAAAAUAUCGAUAUUCUCCAUUGUCUCCGGCGGAUUUCUUUGCCGCAGCCUCCUAUUUACCUGCCGCUGCUGCUGCUGCAUCAGCAACGACAUUGACAUCCUCGACUGAUAUUGCAUCGGUUGGUUGGUGUAUAUUUGUUUAUAAUCUCGCACCUGAAACCGAAGAAAGUAUCCUAUGGCAAUUAUUCGGACCGUUCGGUGCUGUACAAAAUGUUAAAAUAAUCCGUGAUUUUCAAUCGCAAAAAUGCAAAGGCUUUGGUUUUGUUACGAUGACCAACUACGACGAAGCACUGAUGGCAAUAAACUCUCUUAAUGGUUUUACACUUGGUAAUCGUGUCUUACAAGUAUCAUUUAAAACAAAUAAACCGAUGCCUAUUCGUGCUUUCUAG